AUGACUAUGACGACGGAGGAGAAACCACCUUCCGAUGGCCGAGGCUGGGGUUUCUUCAAAAUCCCAUUUCGAAACUCUAGCGGUCACGGAAACGCCUCUAGUGCCGCUACCUCUCCGUUUCCAUCGGGCGCUUCGUCUUCUUCUUCUACAUCUUCUCAUCUCCACAACCACCACCACCAACACCAUCACCACCUUCACAAUCACCAUCAGCUUGGCUACAACGGACCUCACGGUGAUGGAUCGAGUCAGAAUCAGCACCCGGCCCCUUCAGCUUCAGUAUCAUCUGUCGCCAAGUCACUUCUCCCUACGAAACGCCGAUUGAAGCUUGAUCCUUCUGAGAAACUCUAUUUUCCCUAUGAGCCUGGGAAGCAAGUGAGGAGCGCCAUUAAGAUUAAAAAUACAAGCAAAUCUCAUGUAGCCUUUAAGUUUCAAACAACUGCACCAAAGAGUUGCUUCAUGCGUCCACCUGGUGCUAUUCUUGCUCCUGGAGAGACUCUUAUCGCUACUGUGUUCAAAUUUGUUGAGCCUCCUGAGAAUAAUGAGAAGCCAAUGGAUCAAAGGAGCAGGGUUAAGUUUAAGAUCAUGAGCCUGAAAGUUAAAGGUCCAAUGGACUAUGUGCCUGAGCUGUUUGAUGAGCAAAAGGAGGAUGUGUCUAAGGAACAAAUAUUGCGUGUUAUCUUCCUGGAUCCGGAACGUCCCAACCCUGCACUGGAGAAACUGAAACGUCAGCUAGCUGAAGCGGAUGCAGCAGUGGAAGCACGAAAGAAACCGCCAGAGGAAACAGGUCCAAAGAUGAUUGGUGAAGGACUUGUGAUCGAUGAAUGGAAGGAGCGUCGAGAGAGAUAUCUUGCACAGCAGCAAGGCGAAGGAGUUGACUCUGUCUGA